UGCUACCUACCACUUGCAAUGUCUCCUGGCAAUGGUGUUGCAAAUGGCAUCGCUGCAACUGCUGCUGUUACGACUGCUCCCUCUGACACUACUACCGCCAAUACUCCUCCUGCCACCGACGAGCCCACCACGCCUCCUACUACGCCCAAGCCCUCCUUCUUCUCAAAACUCUUGCAUAUUCUCGUUCCAUGCAUCUCUUCUUCUCCAGCCAUUGAAAUAGAUCUUCCUCAUGCCUCAAAGUCCUCUCUCACUCAAAACGAAAAGCCUGCCGUCACACCGCCUAUUAUCUCCAAUCCUCCUCCUCUCCUCAUUCCUACCAUAGAAUCCCCUCCUCCCGCAGAAUCUACAACUGUAGAAACACCCAUUAUAUCACCCCCCAUUCAAAUCUUGCCGGAUGAAGAAACCCAUGGCAUGACCUCUGGUGCAGUCCAGCCCCCAGGCUCUACAGAUGGUUCAACUUCCGUCCAAAAACAAAACCUUUCCACAGAGGAAGAAGAGUCGGAGGGUACUAGUUUCACAGAGGACGACGAUCAAGACCUUCAUGUCGACGAGGAGGAUGAAGAGGAUAAACUCAUCCUCAAUGGUGGCGCUGGUAUACCCAUCGGUCCU